UUCAGAAUACUGUAAUCUGCCAAGUUUUUAACCUGUAGUACUUUGUAUUUAAUCACAUCCUGAUGUAACUAUCACUAUUUAAUCAUAUCCUGAUGUAACUAUCACUAUUACCUGCUGUAUUAUUGAAUUGUGGUUUGUCAAACUUGUACUUUACUUGAACAAAAGUUAUUGUAUUUCUUGCUCUUAUUGUAUUACUUGUAUUGUAACGCUUGAAAUGUAUUUGCUUACGAUUGUAAGUCGCCCUGGAUAAGGGCGUCUGCUAAGAAAUAAAUAAUAAUAAUAAUAAUUUUAUAUUGCACGCGGGAACAAGAUUUCUGAGUUUAGUUUAUGUUGAAUUGAGUACAAUAUAUGAUAUUAAAUUGAACAAAAACAGUCUCAUGGAUUAGCAAUAAAAGCCAAUGUCUGGCUUAAGCACAGGGAGCUGUGUCCUCACAGGCUCGAAUCUACAUGCACAAAUGUUUUGCAUAACCCUAUAGAAUAAACUAAUUUAGCUUCAUAGAGUUGUGUUACAUUAACAAAUUGAAUUACAUACCGCUUUGUAGUUUUCCCAUAGUACUUAAUGAAAACCUGACAAAUUGAAAAAUGUGACAUUUUGAAAUCAAACAUGACUACUAUACUUAUGUUUUGGCUUCCGGUAAACUUUUGCUUUGAUUUCAUAAUGUUAAAUAAAAUGUCUACUCGCUAAGGGACCAAGCAAAUUGAGUUUGCUGACGUGCUCGCCUCAAAGGCUGCUUAGCUCUGGCUGGAGUUAAAAUUAUAGUUUUGUUUUUGUAACAUUAUUAUUUUAUGAACUGUAAUUGUUUUAUAACUGUUUUCUGUGAGAAAAUGUCUUUCUCUUGUGUGUUUUUUCUGUCUUUUUCCACAGAAAGACGAGCACAGCUGCUGGGCUCAGCAGCUCUGCGUUGGCCGAGAUACGCGCUUCGGCUGAGAUUGCUUGCGGUCUCUCCCACAGUAUCUUGUUGCCAUCUUGGUGACUGCUUGCAGCAUCAUUAUGAAGGCUGUUAGGGCUCUAACAAGCAGGCAUCCCUCAUCCCUGUAUACUGCUUCCUGUGGUAACGUGAACAGAGUAGACCUGUAGGUCACCGACCCGCACUGUCCCCGAUCCGGUACCCGAUGUCCCCAAUCUGGAACGAGGUAACAGCACCGGUUCACGUACCAUACCAAGGGUACCGUCCCGGUACUGCACCGGUUCACGUACCAUACCAAGGGUACCGUCCCGGUACUGUUCCGGUUCAAAACUCGGUACCGAACUGCACCGACGGUACCAUACUGAUGGCACCGUACCAACCUGGCACUAAGGCACCAAACCGGUACUGAACCGACCCAGCACCAUCCAGGUACCGUACUGAUUCUGUGCAAAGUCACUGAACUGGUUCCCAACCGCGAUACCAUCCCUGGUCCAGUACCAGAGGACUCGGUUUGGGUCUUGACCCGCCCCGUUACAUUACUGUACAGUGGCAUUGCUGUUUGAGCAGACUGAGACAGCAGUCAUACAGUACUGUACACUGCGUUGCUGCUUGCAUCAUGCCUGGGUUUUAUCCCUGCGAUUUAUUCAAGGCCAGUCUGCCAGUUGAGGAUAAGCACGGCAGGCGUUCUUCCUGUCUGGGGCCAGAGCACGCCAAAGAGGCACUCACUGACCGCAGUUUCUGCAAGUUUUGUGCCCGUUGCACUACAAUUUUUGCAGGACCUGUUUGACGAGGGGAAAUCCCUCUCUACGUUAAAGGUCUAUCUGAUGGCUUUGGUACGCUCACCCAUUCAGUAAUGGUUACAUUUCGUACUUGAUAGGGAACGUUAGGUUAUUAUCAUAACCCUUGUUCCCUGAAAUAGAAAUGCAACCAUUAAUCUUCAAGGUCGCUGCGUCCAUGAUUGCAGCAGGCUUGAAGGAAAAAUGAUGUUGUGAUCUGUGCGGGCAGUCCUUAUAUGCCCUCGGGGGCGGGCAUGACUGCAUCACAGGCACUGCCUGCAGCUUUGAUACAUCUAUUCAGGUUUAGGGUCUUUAGGAGGUAAACACCCAUACGGUAAUGGCUACAUUUCUAUUUCAGGGAUCCUGGGUUUUUCACCAGCAGCAGCACUGAGCUGGAUCUGAGGCCGGCUCCUGGGUUUUUCACCAGCAGCAGCACUGAGCUGGAUCUGAGGCCGGCUCCUGGGUUUUUCACCAGCAGCAGCACUGAGAGGCUGGAUCUGAGGCCGACUCUCCAGCAUUUUCCACCAGCAGCAAUACUAAAGUCCGCCCUGCAGUGAUGCUGAUACAGAGGAAAGCGCGGGAAUCUGCAGGAACAGACUUCAUUUGCCACGUGACAGGGUUUUACCCCCGAGAGGUUGAGGUGAACUGGAUCAGAGAUGGUGAGGCUCUGCUGGAGGAGGGGGUGUGGAGUGGAGAGGUGCUACCCAACGAGGAUACAACCCACCAGCUGAGAAAGACCCUGACAGUGAGUCCUGAGGACCAGAAGAAACACAGCUACUCCUGCCAGGUGGACCACGCCAGUCUGGAUGAGAAGAUGGAUGUGAAAUGGGUUCCAGAGGCUGCUCUCAACAUGGGGUUUGUUGCUGGUGGUGUGCUGGCUGCUCUGGGUCUGAUCAUCGCAGUGAUCAUAGGAGUUCACAUCUGGAAGAAAAGAGCAUCAGGUGCCAGGAGCCCUGACACACCAGCACAGACAAAGGAACAAAGUGAUGCUUCAUCCAACUCAUCCAACUCCACCAACAAUGACAGGUGUGACCCCAUUGCAGAGAAGCUGAUGACACAGACAGAAUAAAUGACUCAGCUGAGGCUUCAUCUUUUACACUUUAUUUACCCCGAUAUUGUCACACAGAGCGAUCGGACAAACUGAUAGACAAGGACGCUGUGUUACAGUCAUCUGUGUUAAGAAUUAAGAAUUUGUAGUCAUUUGUAUGCAGUAACCUAGGUUCUAAAUAACCAUUAUUAAUGUAACAUUGCUUUAUGGGACAUGCAAGAAAACAAGAAGAAAUUGAUUUUACUUCGAGGAUUACUACUUGUUUGUUGGAAACCAUCUGCUUGUGAAGGAAAAAGAGGAUCUGCAGUACAGUCGGGACAUGAGAGGCGAGAAGACCGAUGGUGUGAUGUCUGGUGAGCAGGGGCACUGAUGUAACGAAGUCUCAGAAGAAAAAUACCGGAAAUUACGAGAAGGUUCUGGUCUCUUUUAAAAAGGUAUGAAACCCCUUUUUCAUGUGAGGUACGCCUUUUGCCAUCUUCUGCCUUUUCUGUCACCCUCUGUGUGGAAGCUGCGAUGCUACAGACUCCUGUUUGUUACUGAUAAGGACUCUGCUGCUUGUUUUAUGUUCAGGCACUGGAUCCCAUAGAGGUUACCAGCCUGUUUAUGUAACUGGAUACAGAUACAAAGGUGGGGAAUGAUCCUACCUGUUAACUCCUAUACUUGCUCUUUCCUUUCCUAUUUGUUAGCUAUAUUUUUAGCAAUUGUUGCUACAUGUCCGAAGUGUUUCAUCGGUCUUAGGUCCUUUGUUAUUUUCACAUAUAUGCUGCCGUUAGGUGAUAUUAUCCGCACACACGGAGUGAACUUCCAUUGCUAUGCGGAUGAUACCCAGCUAUAUCUAUCCCUAAAGCCAGAAAAUACUUCUGCUGGGGAGUUACUUGCUGCUUGUCUUGCAGACAUCAAGUACUGGGUGUCACAGAAUUAUUUAAUGCUAAAUUCAGAUAAAACAGAGGUUAUGCUAGUGGGCUCUCAGAACCAACUAAAAAAUGUGGGAUUACAUGAAUUCGACCCUAGUAAUUUAAUUAAAUAUUAAAGUAGAAAUUAAAAAUGUGGGAGUCAUCUUUGAUCCUGAUCUCUCAUUUGAGACUCAUAUAAGGGAAGUUACAAAAGUAUAUUUUUACCAUUUGAGAAAUAUAGCCAAACUUAGACCAAUACAUCUGUGCCGAGAGACUAAUGCAUGCCUUUGUUUCAUCUAGAAUUGAUUACUGUAAUGCACUUCUCUCUGGUAUCCCAAAAGGUGUGCUGUCUCGCUUACAGCGCGUUCAGAAUACCUCAGUUAGAAUUCUGACUAAAACCAAGAAAAGUGAACAUAUUACCUGUUUUAGCCUCCUUACAUUGGCUACCUGUGCAGCAUAGAAUUGAGUUUAAGAUUUUGCUGUUAACCUAUAAAGCCCUAAAUGUAUUAGCACCUAGUUAUUUGACGGGGUCAGUUACUCCUGCAAAUAACUAGAUGCUAAUACAUCAUCCAAAUCACACAAUGCAGGGCUACUGGUUAUUCCUAGUGUUAACAGAAUGAACAUGGGAGGAAGGGCUUUUUCAUGCAGAGCUGCUAAAUGAUGAAAUGCCCUCCCUACUUUCACAGGGAAGCUGAGACUGUUACAGUUUUACAUACUUUUAUGAAAUUGCUUUGUUAUCUUAGUGGGUUUUAAUGUGAGUUUUUAACAUUAUUUUUUUAUAUACUGUUUUUUAAAUAUGCUAUUUAAUGUGUAGCAGUUGUGUGUGUGACAUGCCGGGGGACCUUUAUACAAAGGCAUUGUGUUGUGUAAAUGGAAAUGCUUUUUGCAAUGUGCUGUGCAAUGCUUUGUGAUACUUUUGUAUGAAAAGUCGCUAUAUAAAUGCAAUAAAUAAAACAUGUAAAAACAUUUUUAA